ACGUAUUAUCUAUCAAUGGUUUCUUUUUUCAAUAUAAAGUCCGACGCUGAGAAAAGCAAAACGGCAUAGAGUCCCUGGACGUGGAUUUUUAGCUUUCUUGCAAUCAAAUAUCAACUGUCGUGUCUUUUCCCCCUCAAUCAAGACCAAUAUCACAAUGACAGUUUCCGUGCCAGCACCGGUAGAUGGAGAAGUGCCUGAAGUGCCCGGGGCAAACGGAGUUAACACCGCGAAGACGGCUGUCAACGGCCAGAAUGGUACACAUUCAUCGAAGAGCCAUUCCGUUCCAUUGAAAACAGACUACGCAUAUAAGCCCCGCAAGCUGCGCGUCGUCACCGUCGGAGCGGGCUUCUCUGGUCUUUUAAUGGCACACAAAUUCCAGCACCGAUUUCCUGAGUUGCAAGAAUUCGUGGACCACACUCUCUAUGAAGCGCGAAGCGAUGUCGGUGGCACCUGGUUGAUCAACUCGUAUCCUGGUGUACAGUGCGAUGUCCCUUCGCACAUCUAUGCGUUUCCGUUCGACCCAAAUCCCGAUUGGAGCCGGUUUUACUCUGGCGGGGAGGAGAUCCAGGCGUAUAUCAAGCGGACAGUGAAGAAAUGGAACUUGGACCGAGAUCUUCAGCUCAACACGAAAGUGGCUGGUGCCUAUUGGGAAGAGGAUAAUGGACGCUGGAGGUUGACUAUCGAGCAUGAGGGCAACAAGCGCGAAGAAUACUGCGAUAUUCUUAUCUCGGCACAAGGUGUACUGGUCCACCCCUCAUGGCCUGAUAUUCCCGGUGUCUCUGAUUUCAAAGGCCAUAUAACCCAUUCAGCGCAUUGGGACCAUGACUAUGACUACUCCCACAAGCGCAUUGCCGUUAUCGGCAAUGGCUCUUCAGGCAUUCAGAUCACGCCACAAAUGGCAAAGCUUCCCGGAACAGAGGUAAUCAACUACAUGCGGAGCCCAGCAUGGGUAUACUAUCGCGUACCCCCGUCGAAGCACCUGGGACGGGAUGUGGAAGAUGCCAAUCCUGCCUACUCGGAGGAAGAGAGGCAACAAUUCAGAGACCCGGAGGCCCACAAAGAGUACAGAAAGGGUAUAAUCUCACGAACCAAUAGAGCUUUCCGUCUGUUCAUCAAAGGCGAGAACAACGAGGCAGCCGUUCGGUUUGGCACACAGCAAAUGGCUGAGAAGCUUAAUUAUGACCCCGAUCUCUGCGAAAAGCUGAUUCCGAAAUGGGAGGUUGGUUGUCGCCGUGUCACCCCUGGACCGGGGUACCUGGAAUCCUUCGCAAGACCAAAUUGCAACCUCAGUAAUAGCCCUAUCACCAAAAUCACCGAAAACGCUGUACACACGGCGGAUGGAAAUGUCUUCGAAUGCGAUGUCGUAAUCUGUGCUACCGGUUUCGACGUCUCCCAUCGCCCUCACUACCCGAUUGUCGGCCAGAGCGGGACCAACUUAGCAGAUAAAUGGGAAGAUGAGCCAAAUUCCUAUCUUUCUGUUUCAACGUCUAGCUUCCCCAACUAUUUCAUUAUGAUGGGACCCAACUGUCUAGGCGGACACGGCUCUCUAGUCGAGUCUCUCAAUUGGACGGGCGACUACUUUGUGAAAUGGAUCAAGAAAAUUGCAACCGAGGACAUAAAGUACAUUGUCCCGAAGCAAUCAAUUGAGGACGCAUUCGGGAGAUAUGGCGACGAGAUUCAUAAGACCUUGGUCUGGACUGGUGGCUGUAAGAGUUGGUAUAAGCGAAACCGUGUGGAUGGCCGAGUUACUGCACUGUUUGGCGGCAGUGCAAUCUUGUUUCAGCGGCUUAUCAGUGAUAUUCGCCCUGAAGACUUCGAGAUUGAGUAUAACAGUGCUAAUCCGUUUCGGUUUAUGGGGAAUGGGUUCACCGAAUUUGAGAUGACGGAGGGUAAUGAUUUGUCUUUCUAUGUUGAGACUGCUGAUAAAUCUCCAUAUUGUUGAUAAAUAUGGAUUUCCAAUUGCUUCUCUGCUAUUACACUACUGUGCAUGUAUUUCCUACACUCGAGCUUUCACUGUCAGAUAUUACCAUUUCAUCAUUUCCAUUGACCUUUGCGGUAUUAGCCCGGCCCGAAUGAGGGGAAGCGAAGCCGUGCACAUCGGCUUUCCCUUUUGGGACU